CCUCUCAUCCGCUUUCUUAGCACGAAGCUCCAGCAAAUUGCCUGUCCUCCUUCUCUGAUUCGUGGGCAGGCUAGGAAGGAUGCUAUUUUGUGCUCUGAUUUGGAAUGGGCUUAUUCCAUCCUUCGGAAGUUGGUAGCCUGGGCACCCUGCAGAGAUGGAUAAGGGGAGAUCCCUUUAGGGUCUCGCCUCCUGAACCGCCGGCUGUUUUGGGCCGCGACUAAAGGGUUGCCUUUGAGGUCAAGCCUUGUUUGCAAAUGGUUUCCCGGGGAAACCGGGGAACGGUCCUCCUCGCUCGCUGCGGCAUCUUCCGAACAGCAUCUUGUCUUUAGACAGAGCAAUAGAGAGGGAGUCUGUGGUGAUUUUUGGGGGGAGAGAAAAAGGAAGAAAAGGGGGGCACCGGAAACAAUGUGGAGGCAAAAGGCGCCGGAGGGAUUGUAACAUCGCAGGGCGAACAAUCCCGGAGAAUGAAGAAGCACACCGCGAGAGUGGCACCGGUAGAACCGCUCUGUCUUUCCACAUUAAAUUCACCUAGAUCAGACGGUGCCUCCCAAUCCUCUGUCGUCCGAUGCAAGCCAGGCGCCAACUGCCCCGGGGCACAGCGUGGCAUCCGGAGGCAGCUUUCCCCUUUCUCCGCUGCUGAAGAUUCUGCUGCUCCCAUUCUAGAGCUGCAGAGUCGGAGUCCCUCUGGAUUUUGUCGGCACGGCAGAGGAGAGAGGCAGAACAGAUCAGGAGAAGAAGGAACCCAAGCCCAUGGUGAGAGCGCCAGCCAGGAGAGCCACCCUCAGACCCGGUGUGAGUCCUGUACGUCCACAUUCCUCAAGAUCGUCUGGGGAUUUCUGAUCAUUUUGUCCGUCUCAUCCUCUUGGGUCGGGACGACGCAGAUCGUCAAAAUCACAUACAAAAACUUUGACUAUCCAUUUUUCAUGACUUGGUUUUCCACAAACUGGAACAUUAUGUUUUUCCCUGUUUAUUAUUCGGGGCACCUCGCAACUGCACAAGAAAAGCAAUCACCAAUCAAAAAAUUCAGGGAAUGCAGUCGGAUCUUUGGGGAAGACGGUCUGACGCUGAAGCUCUUUCUCAAAAGGACAGCCCCUUUUUCUAUUCUCUGGACUCUGAGUAAUUACCUUUACCUGCUGGCUUUGAAGAAACUGACAGCCACGGAUGUCUCCGCGUUGUUCUGUUGCAACAAAGCCUUCGUCUUCCUCCUCUCGUGGAUUGUCUUGAAAGACAGGUUCAUGGGUGUAAGGAUAGUUGCAGCAAUAAUGGCCAUCACCGGGAUUGUUAUGAUGGCUUAUGCAGAUGGGGUCCAUGGCGAUUCAAUUAUCGGUGUCGCAUAUGCUGUCGGAUCUGCGUCGACCUCGGCACUUUAUAAAGUUUUGUUUAAGAUGUUCCUUGGAAGUGCCAACUUCGGAGAAGCGGCGCACUUCAUCUCCACCCUCGGCUUCUUCAACUUGAUCUUCCUUUCUUUUACUCCCAUCAUCCUAUAUUUUACGAAGGUGGAAUACUGGUCUCCGUUCUCAGCGGUGCCCUGGGGUUACCUGUGUGGAAUCGCAGGGCUCUGGCUAGCUUUCAACAUUUUGGUGAACGUCGGUGUUGUGCUUACAUAUCCCAUCUUAAUAUCGAUUGGGACAGUGCUCAGUGUUCCUGGCAAUGCAGCCGUCGAUCUGCUGAAACGCGAGGUGAUCUUCAGCGUCGUGAGGUUGGGGGCCACCAUUAUCAUCUGCCUUGGCUUCCUGCUGCUUCUCCUUCCAGAGGAAUGGGAUGAAAUCACUCUGCGGUUCAUCAACAGCUUGAAGGAAAAAAAGAGCGACGACCACGUUGAAGACAUGACAGAGUCCAGCGUCCACUUCCGGAGCAGAAGUCGAGCCAACGGACCCGUAUCUAUACCACUGGCUUAGAGCUGGUGAGACUGCUUAACUGCACGGCUAUGUAUAUUCUGUGAAUAUGAUUUAGUAAUUUUUUUCCUCACCCCUGCCUGUAUGCUAAAAAAAAGACCGUCAUUAUUUUAAACAAACUGGGGAUGGAAUGUACAUUUAACGCUAAAUACAUCAGUACGUAACAAACCAACCAACCUCUGUUUACAUUUGUACACUGAACCAGGAGGCGGUGCAAGUAAACCACAAUAAAUUGCUUUUAUAUAUAAAAAAGAAA